AUGCUCCGCGCACACAGUAUGCAGGCCGCGGGGCCGUCGGGAUCUUCCCAGCCGGGCAUCAACGGCCUGUCCGGGAUGUCCGGGCUGCCCGCCGUGCGGCCGAGGCGGCGGUGUCUGGCGAUCGCGCGCGCCGGCGUGGACCCCCCCCGCGCCGUGGCCGCCCCUCCGGCGACGGCGGCAGCGGAACUGCGCCUGAGGAACUGGGCGAUCGACAGCUGGCGGCAGUACGAUGCGCUGCAGCAGCCUGUGUACCCGGACGCCGAGGAGCAUCGGCGGGCCGUGGAAGAGAUCAAGCGGAUGCCGCCGCUGGUGUUCGCUGGUGAGUGCCGCACGCUUCAGGCGAAACUGGCACAGGCUGCCGCUGGGGAGGCCUUUGUGCUGCAGGGUGGGGACUGUGCUGAGGCCUUUGCUGACCUCAACGCCAACCGGAUACGUGACACGUACAGGGUGCUCCUUCAGAUGUCAGUCGUCCUGACGUUCGGGGGCGGCAUGCCAGUUGUGAAGAUGGGCCGCAUGGCAGGUCAGUUUGCGAAGCCCAGGUCGGCCCCCACAGAAACCAUAGAUGGCGUCGAGCUGCCAUCUUACAGGGGAGACAUCAUCAAUGGCGCUGCGUUUGACGCAAAGUCGCGGGUGCCAGACCCCUGGCGCCUGUUGAAGGCGUACAACCACUGUGCCUCGACCCUGAACCUGUUGCGGGGAUUCAGCUCGGGAGGGUAUGCAGCCCUCCAUCGUGUGACAGAGUGGAGUCUGGAUUUCAUGAGGGCAACAGAGAAUGGGCAUGCGUACAUCGACUUGGCCGAAAGGGUGAAGGAGGCGAUCACAUUCAUGGUUGCAUGUGGCCUGGAUUUGAACACUCCUCUCAUGAAGGAGACUGACUUCUUCACGUGCCACGAGGCACUGUUGUUGGACUAUGAGGAGGCCCUGACGAGAGAAGACAGCACCACCUCCCUUGCCUACGAUACAUCCUCACACUUCCUGUGGUGCGGAGAGCGCACCCGAAACCUGGACGGUGCGCACGUCGAGUUUCUGCGGGGCGUGGCCAAUCCCAUCGGCGUCAAGGUGUCCAACAAGGCAGAGCCGUCUGAGCUGGUGUCCCUGAUCGCCACCCUCAACCCGCUCAACACGCCAGGCCGCAUUGCGGUCGUCACGCGCAUGGGCGCGGACAAGCUGAAGAAGCACCUCCCGGCCUUCAUAUCAGCCGUGAAGAACUCUGGACAGGUGGUGACGUGGAUAUGCGAUCCCAUGCAUGGCAACACAGAGAGCGUGAACGGCUUCAAGACACGGCGGUUCGAGAAUAUCCAAAAGGAGGUAGAGACGUUCUUUGAUGUACACGAGACCAUGGGGAGCACACCCGGGGGGAUACACCUGGAGAUGACGGGUGACAAUGUCACGGAAUGCAUGGGUGGUGGUGCACAGAUCAGUGAGGACGAUCUCAACUCGCGGUACCAUACACACUGCGACCCCCGCCUGAAUGCCGAACAGGCGCUGGAGUUGGCGUUCUAUGCGGCCUCAAGGCUGAGGAGCAGGAAGAACAAGCUGCAGAGCGUCAGCAGCAAUGGCAUAAGGCCACUGCCGAGUCUUUGA